AUGUCCAUCACUGCCCUUCCAGAGACUACGGUCCGUCUUCUUGGUUCUGCGGCGGCCAUCACCACGCCGGUUGAUGUGAUCAAGGAGCUUCUAGACAAUGCUCUUGACGCAGAAGCCACCUCUGUGGAGAUUCUUGUGUCAGCAAACCUCAUCGGCAGCAUCCAGGUCAGAGACAAUGGGCACGGAAUCCAAGCUGAUGACUACGACUCACUCGGCCGCGUGGGCCACACGAGCAAGCUCACCUCCUUCGAAGAGCUGAGGACCUUUAGGGGAAGCACACUUGGUUUCCGGGGUCAGGCACUGGCCAGCGCAAACUCCCUGGGAUGCGUCACCGUUGUCACCAGGUGCAGCGGAGACCCAACGGCUGUGAAACUGACUCUCUGCGCUGGUGUUGGCGGAAUCGAGAGCCAACAGCGGAUAUCUGCCCCGGUUGGCACGACUGUAACCGUGGAAGGGCUCUUCAAGGCCAUUCCUGUCCGUGAACAAGUUGCUGAGAAGGAGGCACAAAAAAACCUCGCCAAAGCCAAGCAUCUAUUCCAAGCCUACGCUCUGGCCAGACCCAUGAUCCGAAUUUCUCUCAAGGUUUUGGGUGGGGAUAUCAAGCAGGCCUGGUCCUACUCUCCACGUCCGGACGCCAGUGUCAGAGAAGCUGUCGUUCAGGUCUUUGGGGCAGGCGUCAUGUCAGAGUGUGUGCUGAAGACUGCAGCCACUGAGACAGACUCCAGGAAGUACGAAAACGUCCGUGGUGGCCCACGGAUGACCAUCGAGGCGGUCCUGCCCAAGCCAGAUGCGGACUUAUCCAAGAUGUCCAAGGGCUCGUUCUUCUCCGUCGACUCUCGUCCCUUGUCAACUUCGCGCGGCAUCAUGAAAAAGCUGCUUUCAAAUCUCAAGGUGCACUUCAAGAAGUCUCUGAAAGUGAAUGAUGAAGAUAGAAGGUUGAGCGAUCUCUUCACCUGCGUCAACGUCAAGUGCUCUGCAGGUACUUACGAUCCGAAUGUCGAGCCGUCGAAAAGUCAGGUCCUCUUCGCCGAUGAGUCUCAGCUGGUGGAACUGUUCGAGGAGCUAUGUGCAAAGACCUACCAGAGUCGACAGGCCGCGGACGCUUUCGCAACGAUUGAAAAGAGGCCACUGACAAGACGGACACAAACGCGAACACCGCCACCAAGUAGCGAUGGACCUCAGGGUUUCGCCGAGCCACCGGUACCCUAUCUAGAUGAGUCGUCGCACAACUCGUCCAGCUAUGAACCAGUCGAAGAAAGGUUUCCAACAGGAUCAACGCGUCUAGUUGAGCUACCAGUCACCGCAACUCAAGAUCCGGAGGCCACUAUGGAGCAGUUGCCGACUCCAGAGCAAAAUGGUGCCGCCCAGCAGCUUUAUCCUCCAUUGAGAACUCGCGAUUCACACGCCGCCGAAUACACCGUGUCAGACCAAGCAGAUCCCUAUCACCGUAAAGGUCGCAAGCGGAAAUUUGUCGUGAACAUGUCAGCGGACCCAGACCUAUCAUCGGACGAGGAGGCCGAGACUCGCGAAUCUGGUUCCUACGACUUGCAAGAGACAAUUGCACCGCCGGGAGAGUCAUUCGACACAUCAAAAGAAGCCUUGAAUCCUUGGGUCAUCGCAAGGAUGACCGCACCAGCUCGGCAGACAGUCACUGUUAAUACCACCGCACACAGCGCCUGUCCAACUCUUGCCCGCACCGAAGAACCAAAUGCUCCGCUCAUAAACGCCGAAUCUUUCGAGGAGGAAUUGCCGAUCUUGCGACCACAGAUGGGCGCACCCAGAGAUCUUGAUACACCUCGUGUGAUGAGGUUCGCGAAUACACAUAUGGGCCAUCUUCAGGCUACUGAUGUUGGACACCGUGACCCAUCGGCUUCCGUGAGCCCACAGACCACUGCUCGAGUAGCAGCUCAUGAUCUGCCUCAGUCACCUUUGCACACGGAACGCUCGAUGGGGAGACGCAAGCUUCCCAAUUUCAGGCCACAUAGCAACAUUCUCGAAGAGAACGCCGAUCCAGAUGGGCUGGUUCAGACUACUUUGUCUUUCGAUAAGCCAAAAGAGCCACGCCAUGACCAAGAAGCCCAGGCCCAAUUUCACAUCAGCGAUGUCCCAACGCGGCGAAACCCAACAUUCCGGAAGCCAAAGAGAGUCAAGAAACGGGACCAAGGUUUCGUCCCACAAGAUGCUUGCACCAGCAGCGAGCGUGAAUAUUAUUUGGUAGAAUCUCAAAACGGCAACAGAAUCGCGAAAGAGUCUUUGAGAGACUACGACUUCGAGUCAUCUCAGUUACCAAGGCUUGACCUUGUGGGUUUUGAAGACAGCCAUGUUGACCAUCUGCCGACUGUGAAACAGCCAAGUCGUGGAUACAACGAGACCAAUAACUUCGAUGGGGAUCCGAGGAGGUACCUGAUAAGAAGGCGACGUUCAGAGGCAGCGCAUCGAAGGAAGGGCCGGCAGUCCAUCAAAAGGACCAAAACGGACAAAUUGCCCCUGGAGACAGUUCCCUCCGGCGAUGGAACUAAGCACCUCGUGCUGAACGUGGAUCACCAAACGGUCGAGACCUGCAAUGCUUCGAGAAGAACGACCUCCUUGGCUGAUUACCGCGAGGGAGUGCGCUUCGGAUCUUCGAUGAACUUGGAGGACGUGGAUGAUAUCCAGUCUAGACUGCAGGCCGUCGUCACUAGCUGGACACAAAAGACCUUUGGGGAGAAGGCGGACAUCGAAAUUGAUCUUCGGGAGGCAGUGAAGGGAACUCAAGUGGCCGCUUAG